UUAAGCCCCUCCUCUCUCUCUGAGGUUUUCCACCACUCCAUCCCAGCAGACACUCAACUGAACCAGCUGCUGUUCCUCGCUGCCUGAAGGAGCCAUGGCCUCAGAUAUCAUAGAAGUGGCUGCUCUGGGUCGACCUUUCACCUUAGGGAUGCUCUACGAUGCUCGGAGAGACAAACUGAUCCCAGGUGUCACACUGUGGGAUGAUAAAACUCUGAAGGAGAGGUCAGUUGAGAAUGAUCAGCACAGCAGUAACUUUGAAGUCACUGCAAGUGAUUCCAUUGAAAAAAAGUUGUCACUGCUGGAUGUUAAUGCUUCACUGAAGGCCAGUUUCAUGAGUGGACUCAUUGAAGUUGGAGGAUCAGCCAAGUAUCUGAAUGAUAAGAAGAAAUCUCACCAUCAGAGUCGAGUCACCUUUCAGUACAAAGCUACCACCAAAUUCAAACAGCUGAUGUUGACUCCUGAUGAAACCAAAAACACUCAACAAGCAGAAGGUGUGAAGACUUUGGCGACACAUGUAGUCACAGGAAUCCUUUAUGGAGCAAACGCUUUCUUUGUGUUUGACAGUGAGAAGUUAGAUGCUAGCAGCAUUCAGGACAUCAAGGGAACCAUGAAAGCUGUGAUGAAGAAGAUCACCUCAUUUAAUGUUGACGGGAAAGUUAACAUCAAGCUGAAUGAUAAAGAAAAAGCUGUGACUGAUAAAUUCACCUGCAAAUUCUAUGGAGACUUCAUUCUUGAAAGCAACCCUGGAACAUUUGAAGAUGCAGUGAAGACAUACACCCAACUUCCAAAACUACUGGGAGAAAACAGAGAAAAUGGUGUUCCACUGAAGGUUACACUGAUGCCUCUGAAGAUUUUAGAUCCCAAAGCCGAUGUGGGGAUUAAAAAGAUCAGUGUUGGACUUGUUAAAAAGGUUCAAGAUGCUCUGAAGGACCUCCAUAAUAUGGAAAUAAGCUGCAAUGAUCUGCUGGAGGACAGAGUGGGGAGAAGCUUUCCACAGAUACAAGAAAAGUUGACCAGAUUGCAGAAGCUCUGUGAGUAUUUCAGAUCUUCAAUCCAGGAAACAAUGGCCACAAAACUUCCCUCCAUCAGGGCAGGUGAGGAAGAUGAGCAGGAAUUAGUGAAAGUGUUUGAUGACAGAGACAAGUCACCGUUCAGUCAGGAGAGAUUAACCAAGUGGAUCAAAGAUGAAGAGAGAGAAGUCACCAUCAUCAGGUACUUUGUAGACAUGAUGGAGGGAACAAAGAUCAUCUCAGAUCAGUCUGAGCUGGACAGAGAGGUGUUUAAUCCAGGAGUAGAGGAAGUUCUCUGCUUUGUUUUCACCUCCCUGAAAUCCACUGACCCAUAUCUGCAGGACAUGUCUGACUACUUGGACAGUGGUAACACUCCACCUGCCCAGGACCAAUGGUACUUCUCAGAUGAAGUGAUAAAGAAGAUGACAGAAAAGGCCAAAGUUGUCCAUGACCUUGCCAAAGCUCUGAAGAAUGACAACAGAUUCUGUUUCCUGGUAGCAGCCAUUGCAAAUGACAAAUACAAAGGAGGAAGUAUCUACUGCUACAGGAAGAACUUCCUGGUCACUGAAGAUUUCUCAAGACCUGAUGUCACAGAUGUGGAAAAGGUGACAGACAGAAGAGAUCUGAUGUGGUAUGCCUGCGAUCUCACCCUGGAUCCAAACACAGUGCACUACAAUGUCGUUCUGUCUGAAGGAAAUAAGAAGGCAACGUACGGAGGGGUGCAGUCAUAUCCUGACCAUCCUGAGAGAUUUGAUACUUUGCCUCAGGUUCUGUGUAAAGAGGCUCUAUAUGGGCGCUGCUACUGGGAGAUGGAGUGGAGCAUAAAGAAAGGUCUAAAUCCUGCUUCUGCUGUUUGCUACAAAAGAUUAGAGCGAAUCGGGGACGGUGAUAACUGUGGGUUUGGAUGGAAUGACAUGUCCUGGUGCUUCGGAUUCCAGUGGGAUUCAAAACCUACUUACUAUACACAACAGCAGCGUCAGUACAAAAACCUAAUUCCCAGUCCAACUCCUGGCUGCUCCCGACUGGGAGUGUUUCUGGACUGGCCCGCAGGCACUCUGUCCUACUAUGAAGUGUCAGCUGACAAACUGAGUCACAUUCACACCUUCAAAACCAAAUUCUCUGAACCUGUUUACCCAGGAUUCUACUUAAAUGAAAAUUGCCACAUAUCACUGUGUCUGUAAUCCCAGGCUGUGCUUUAUGAAGCAGGGUCAACAUAUCCAGGAUAUCUUUCUUUUUUCCGCUUGAACUUACCCUAACGCUAUCAAUACUAUAAGUGAUUCAGGGUUUAUCAAUUUAGCCUGAGUGUGUUCACAUGACACAAGGAGUGUUAGCAACAUCUGACCAAUCACAAACAUGCACAGGUGUACUGCAGCAGAGCGGCUGACUUUACAAAUGAAGACAAGUUUUGAUAUUUAGAUGUGUGUAGCUUAAACUGCUGUUUAAUAGCUUGACAGUAAUGGAUCAAUAUAAAAACAGAAUUUUAAGCAGCAUAUACAUGCAAAGUUCCAAAAGUAUUAAUAUGUUUUUUCCAUAUAAUAAUGCUGUAGAACAUUAUAGUACUUUUUUUUGCCUCUGCUGGUUUGUCGAAACCUUUCUGCCUCUUUUUGCCAUUUGUGCCCUCAUUUAUCGUGCAGUUUAAUCCUGUUAAACCUCUUGAUGAUUUCAUGAGAUUUCACUUUUGCUUUGUUAUAUUCUUCCAGACGACGGGAAAUCAAAAUUCAGUUAAUCUGACCUGUCAGAAAUUGAUUACUGAUGUGUCUUACUAUUUACAUUUUAUUCCUGCACAGAUGGUGGGAAGCACCCAUAAUU